AAGGAAAAAAAAGAUCCGAAACCCUGACCUGUGCGCCUGUCCAUCCCAGCAUGGCCGCCGCCUCGUCCUCCUCCUGCGGCGGCGCCGGCUGCGGGACCCACUGCUCCUCCUCCACCUCGUCAUCCGUAGAGGAUGCUCCGGAGGGGAUUCUGGGCCGUCUGUCCAUAUCCGGUGCCGCCGCCUCCUGCGGCAAGUGCGGCGGCGGCGCCGUCGUCGUGGUUGCCGGAGGCGUCGGUCUGUGCGGAGAGUGCUUGCGCGCCCAGCUGUUCGGGAAGUUCAAGCUCGCCGUCACAAGCAACGCCAUGGUUCGGCCAACCGACUCCGUCCUCGUCGCCUUCUCCGGCGGCCCCGCCUCCAGGGUGGCUCUGCAAUUCAUACAUGAGAUGCGGUCCAAGGCAAUCGAAAGCUGGGACGCCAGCAAUUCGCAAGCCCUACCCGUCUUCAAUGUCGGGGCGGCGUUCGUUGACGAGAGUGUUUUGUUGUCGAAGCCCGAAUGUGAAGUUGAGCAGGCAACUGAAGAUAUUAAGUCACUUGUGUCGAGUUUGUUGCCGGGAGAUAAAGCAAUGCACAUUGCCUCUCUUGAUUAUGUGUUCUCGUCGGAAUCAAAAGACGGCAAAGGCAGGCUGAGGGAGCUAGUUGGCAUGAUUACUGAUGACACUGGGAGGGAGGAUCUUCUUCAGUGCUUGCGCAUGCUUUCGUUGCAGAAGAUUGCACUGGAAAAUGGGUACACAAAGAUCAUGCUGGGAUCAUGUGCUUCUACAAUAGCAUGUCAUGUGCUAUCUGCAACAGUAAAGGGCCAAGGUUAUUCCUUACCAGCUGAUAUCCAAUAUGUUGAUACACGGUGGGAAGUGCCUGUCGUUCUUCCACUUCGUGAUUGCCUGGCCCAAGAGCUUAGCCUGCUCUGUGAAUUUGAUAGUUUAAAGACACAGGAACUUCUUGAUAGGCCUUGCAGUGGCAUCAAUGGCUUAGUCGCAUCUUUUGUUGCACGACUAAGGGAGGAGAAUCCUUCUCGUGAGCAUACUAUUGUAAGAACUGCACAAAAACUUAAGCCAUUCCCUUUUAACAAGUUCUCAGCAAAUGGCUAUCAUGAUUUCCUGCCGUCGCGGCUGCGUCCCAAGUUCCAGGAUGUUGAUAGCGAUGAGUCUGCUUCCUCUGAGGUUCUCUGCCUGAUAUGUCGAAGUCCAUUCAGUGAAUCAGAACUCCAGAAUUUUGAAAGCACAAGGCGCAAGUCUCAGAAGAAAAUUGAUCUGUAUACUGCUUAUUGCUGUCAAAGCUGUCAUUUCCAGAUUCUACCAGGAGGUAGAGACCUGUAUGACCAUUUCUUUUCACUAAUACCAAGGUUCUGGACUGAGAGAGCAGAUACUGCAUCUGCCAGCCAUAGCUCGCUAAGAGAUCAAAUAGAAGACUAUCUUCUUGAAGACGAUGAUGAUGGGAACUGACACUUGUUCAUUGAGUGAGUCCCAAACUUACUUGCCAGAAGCCUACAGAGAUUCCUUCCUAGUUGGGCCUCACAAAUCAUGACAUAAACCAAACUUGCUUGGGAUAACAGUGUUUGCAUCUAGUAAGGCACUGGUUUUUUCAGACUUCUGCCAUAUUCUUAGAAUUACCCUGCACUAUAUAUUUUUAUUUAAUUUUCUGGUGUACCUGUAAGUCCUCCCUCAAGUUAAAACAUGUCUGAAACUUGUAGAGUGAUAAAGGAAACCAUCACUUGCCAGCAGUUUUGCACUGAUCUCAGACAGCUGACUUUGGGUAGCUGCAGGUUCCCAACUUCCAUGUGAUUACAGUAUUCUGAUUGGUCUCAUCUACUGUACCAACUAUUUGCCUGCAAGAUUGUAAUCAGAUGAAUUUACCAAAUGGGUUUACAACAACUAUGUGCUGUAUAAACUUUUGUACCUCUCUUGAUUAUAAUCUAUUACACCGUUGCAUUGA